AUGGAUGAUCCGCUGAGUAAGUUCUUCCAGCAGUUCCAACUGUUUGUUCAGAACAACCCCAAUGUUAUUUCUGCAGCCAGGGCUGCAGCCCAGAUACCGGAGAGUGCCAAAGCAGUGAUUGUGCUUUCGCCGUACUCGUUGUCUCAUGAAUUUAGCAGGGACUGGGUAGCGAAGUCAUACAAGAAAACCAUCGUUGAGCGGCCUGAGCGUCUGCUGGCUGCGGCGAUGGGUGUUGCCGCCGCCAUCACCAUGUACCCUGCGCUGUUCACGCUGAAGUCUUCCCAUAGAAGACAAAGCUCGCUGCUGUCUCCACAUGUACUCAAGGUUCAUGGGUCAGAGUGGCCGCGCACACUACUACAACUAUGUAAACAAUCUGAUAGUAAAUUGGCUCGCGGUGAGGUAGAAGUCCCUGACAACUGGAAUGCAGGCGAUAUUUAUUUAACCUCCCGCACUAUCGAGGCCUUGCAAGGUACAAUUGGCGCAGUUGAGACCGGUGUGGAUUCCAUAUUUUCAGGUCCUUCCCUAGAGCAUAUCAGUAACAGGGUUUUCGUUGCCAUACGACCCCCAGGACACCAUUGCCAUUACGCAACACCAUCUGGAUUCUGUCUUUUGAAUAAUGCCCAUAUCGGUAUUGAAUAUGCCGCAGACAAAUACGGCGUUACUCACGCAGUCAUACUAGAUUUUGAUCUGCAUCAUGGUGAUGGUACUCAGGACUUGUGCUGGAAGAGGGCGGGCUUCAAGCCUGAUGAACACACAGAAGAGGAUGGUUACGAUGAAUUUGGUAAGAAAUUUGCCGAGUUUCCAAAGGUCGGCUAUUUUUCAAUGCAUGAUAUCAAUUCUUUCCCAACAGAAUCCGGCUUUGCAACAAAGGAGAAUAUCAAGAAUGCCUCGACUUGUAUAAUGAAUUCCCAUGAUCUAAAUAUAUGGAAUGUGCAUUUAUCCAGAUGGUCCACAGAGGAAGAGUUUGCAAAAAUUUACAAAUCUAAAUAUAGAACAUUAUUUGCAAAAGCCGAUGAAUUCUUCAAGAACUCAAAAAAUGAAAUGAACGAACUAGGCAAGCCAUUUAAAGGACUAGUUGUAAUUAGCGCCGGUUUUGAUGCUUCUGAGUUUGAACAAACAUCUAUGCAAAGACAUUCAGUUAACGUACCAACAAGUUUUUAUACCAUGUUCACUAAGGAUGCACUAAAGUUAGCUCAAAUGCAUUGCCAAGGAAAAGUCUUAUCAUUAUUAGAAGGCGGUUAUUCAGACAAAGCUAUUACAUCCGGUGUUUUCUCUCACUUAAUUGGUUUGCAAAACCAAGAUUGGAUUAAUGAAUGGGGUUCUGAACAAGUUGUUAAAGAAAUUGUCCGUGGCUGUAAACCAAGUUGGAAACCUUACAAAACAAAGAAAGCUAGAGAUGUUAUUAGAAUUUGGGCCGAAGAGGUUAUUAGAUUAGGGAGAGCAAUGAUCCCUGAAUUUGAAGAUAUAUUAUUCAAAGAAGGUCUUCAGAGCAACCCUGGACUUGGCGAUGUUCCAACUUCUACUAUUGCACAGAGACUCAGAAAGACACAUGUUAAAGAAGAGCCUACUAAAACUAAAGAAUUGACAGAACCUCCAAAAACCUCUACGAACACCAGAAAGUCUCGGAAUGAUGAUACUAAAAAGGAUGUUCCAUUCAUACAGCAGGAACUAUCAAGUGAAGAUGAAGGAGAAGAUGAAGACUAUGUCUAUGAUGAAGAACUGAAUAAAACCUUUAAUCGUACCGUUGAAGAUAUAACAAUUGAUGAUAUUUCAAGACACUUGGAAACUUUAGAGUUAGAACAAAUUGACGAAAAUGAGCCCCAAGAAUUAUUUAUCAAAAAGGAUGAAAACAAGCAGCAACGUCAUCUUCAGAGCAAUGGGAUGUAUAAAAUACCCUCCUCCAAAACCCAACGGUUCAAAAACAGCCAGCAACCUCAAUCAAAUUCACCCCCCACAUACGAUGAUAGUGAUAUCUCCAUGAUAUCUCAUGUUUCAGUUGCAAGAAAGCACAAUACAAGAAGUGGAAGAAAAUGGUAA